AUGAUGACCCCAACACCUUCGAUUAUCCCCCUGUCACCACACGUCCGCCGCAGUCUCUCAGCAGCCCAUGAUUUGGCCUCAUAUGAACAUGUCGUUGAAGGGCUUUUGAGAAACACUCUAGAUGCCAACCCCGACUGCAUCGACAUCGACCUAAAAAUCAGCCAGAGUUAUAUCUCUGUUCGAGACGACGGAGUGGGAAUUCAGCAGGAGGAGUUCACGGAAGAUGGCUACCUUGCCCAAGCCUUCUGCACCUCAAAGUCCACUUCCUCGGGCCCGUGUUAUGGCUCGUAUGGCCGCUUUCUGUCGAACCUAUCAUCCCUCUCUCUUUUGACUAUCACUUCUCGUCAUUGCCAGGAUAAUGGCACCAACCGACUGACGCUGCAUCGUGGGCAAGUGCUCUGCCGACAGCUAUGCAUGGAUCCAGGAGGUGGAGAGAUUGGACGGCGAGGAACACGUGUAGAGGUGCGCAACCUCUUUGGAGAUAUACCAGCGCGUACGAAACAUAUGUCCAUUCGCUUUUUGAGUCAGACUGAGGUACACAAAACCUUUGAUCGCAUCAAAUCGAUGGCCGUUGGAUACAUUCUUGCAAGACCAGGGGCAGAGCGUUUGCGAAUGACGCUCAAAUGCGGCGAUUGGCUUUAUUUUCACAAAGAGACCGAGCGAUGUGCUUCAGUGCACUCCUCUCUCAAGCAAGUUGUGUCGACACUUUAUCAGGCGAAGCUCCUUUCCGACGCAAGCACUUCCUCCUGGAGAUUAUUGUCUCUUGCUUCAGGCGACUGGACAAUUCGCGCCGCCAUCUCCGUCAAGGCUGCCCCCGCCAGGACUUGUCAGUUCAUUUCCAUCGGGCACUCCCCGAUCUCCGGGCAGGAAGGAAGCAAUUGGUUACUGAAAGCAGUGAACGAUUGCGUGGAGGAGUCAGAUUUUGGUGUCGUUGAGGGUGAGGUAUGCCGUUAUGACCACAGCCACAAUAGACGACGUCCAAUGCAGCCCAGGCCUGUGAAAGCUGUUGAUCGUUGGCCGAUGUUUCAUAUCUGCAUCAAACCAAAAGCAGCUCAGGAAAAGGACAUCAUGCAAAGGCACGGGAUGCUAGAGCUUUUGGAGCAGACGACCAAUCUCACAAGCCUUCUAAAGACUUUGAUCCACCAGUUUUUGGAGAAGAAUGGUUUCAACCCGACUACGAUUGGGAAGCGUGGGGAUGCUGUAAAGACCUCUGAUCCUUUGGCGCAAUCACCAUCGAAGAAGUACUCUUCACAAAGUCCUAACCCAGAAAACUCAAACAAAGACACUCGUUUCAAUGGCCUUCACUUCAACGACUGGCGUAGGAUCAAGUGCAGGCGUACCCCAGGGUUCCGAGAUCCUGGCAACGUAUUCAGCUUUACUGAAUCCACCAACAACGAUAGUACGUGCGCUUCGGAUACAAAACCUUCGUUUGAGCUGCUAGGAAAUUCUAACGCUCGGGCCCAAACCACCAACAUUGACAAGAGCCCAGAAAUUGAAAGACCAGCCUCUUCAGCCAGAAAGAACAAUGUUGCCAACACAGCCUUUUGGGAAAAUCCUAGAGAUGACGAGCCGACCCGUCUCCAUCCAAGCACCGGGAUCGUCUUAGGCCAGUUAGACGGUGUCGCUGAGCCCUUGUGUGGUCCCAGUAGCACACUUGUGCACCGACAGAAGUUCCGGCAUCCCAAAGUCGCUACCUUAGCUAACCCAGAAGCUGGGACGCACCUCCACAAAUACGAAGAAAUCAUUGGCCAUAAAGCGAAAGAAGCUCCGAUUGCCAGCCUCCCUACGCCCGCCUUAUGUAAAAUGAGCGUUAAUACCGGUGCAACUGGGUUUUCUGGUGCUCGAGGCGUUUGUGAUACGACACUAACAAAGGAGGCUCUUGCCAAAGCCGUCGUCGUUGCUCAAGUUGAUCACAAGUUCGUCCUUGCCAGGGUUUCAGGACUUGACGCGUCUUCUGGUGAGCAACCUGGAAAUCUACUCGUCCUCAUUGAUCAACACGCAGCAGACGAGCGCGUCAAAUAUGAACAUUUAUGCCAAGAGGCCUGCGGCAACGCCCCUGUCAGCUUGAGUGUACCCCUAGUCUAUGAGGUCGAUGAAGCCGAAGCAGCACUAUUCGAGGAGCGACAGAGUUACUUUGAGAAGUGGCACAUCGAGUACGUUGUCCAGGUAGGACACGACACGUCUUCAUCCUCAGGCAUGAAUGGACGUUCAUCACACUAUUUGCGAGUUAGCGCUCUGCCGGCAGUUAUUGUCACACGCUGUCUUUCCGACCGCAAGCUCGUGAUUGAGCUCUUGCGGAGCAGUAUAUGGUCUAGUCAUCUUUCAUCCGGGAAACUAGCUUUGGACAACUCAGCAGAGCAAAAUCCAGAUGCAGGCGCUAUGUGGAUAUCUGCGUUUGCCCACUGUCCACCACUAAUGGUGGAGAUGAUCAAGUCUCGAGCCUGCCGUACAGCCAUCAUGUUCAAUGAUACAUUGACUCUAGAGGAUUGCAGCCAGUUGGUGUCUAGGCUCUCCCAAUGCCGUUUUCCUUUCCAAUGUGCUCACGGGCGUCCAACCUGCUGGGUACUGAUGGAACUAGCUAGGAACGAGCAAAGACAAACUGACUCCAGCGCACAUGAUUCAGUAGCCGACGCUAACAACCACGGACGCGUUGGAUUUGGUGUGGCAUGGGAUAAUUGGACUGGCUCUGAGCCCAAUGGCACAUGA